GUUGUAUAAGUAACGAAGCAAGUAGUGACAGCAGCCGGAGGGGAAAAAUGGCUGACAGCGAGAAGGAGGAGGCUCACAAUCUCCAGAUGGAGUUUGAAUGGGUUCUUCACGAAGAAGUUCAUUCUUCCUUGUCACAAUUGAGGAAUAUUUUAAUGGAAUGUGCGCAAAGAUUUCCAUUAGCAUUAUUUGGCAAUGAUCAACAUAAUAAGACAGACAGAUUUAUAUUUGCUGCCCCUCAUGAUCAAGUAAAAUGCGUAGCCGUUUUAACUGGUGAUAGCAUAACAAAUGCGGAAGUUAAUUUUAAAGUUCAACGUCAACAAAAUGUUAAUAUGAGAACAAGUAUACAAAAUGAACAUCCAUGGAAGUUACAACAAAUACAAGAUGCUGCCAAUCACUUGCAACAAGCUAUUGCACACAUAGACAAUGUUGAUCGUCAUUAUCCUUUCAAAACAUCGGACGAAGUUAUGCAUGUAUUAGGAAAUAUAUUGGGUUGCCUUCAACGCAGUCGAACAAGUUUAAUAGUUCCUAGGAAGAAGACAAUCGAUGAUCUUAUUAAAAGUCGGAAUAUGAAAUCAUUGAAUCCAAAUCUACCUGAAAAUUUGGCUAUAAGUUUUUAUAUACAAAGUUAUAAGCUGGUUCUGGCAGUAUAUCAACUAGAGAAUUCACAUGGUAGUGUAAAAUAUGAGACACAGCAAGCAGAAUGCAGUGUACCCUGGUUAAAUGAAGCUUUAGUAUUGCUAACUAUAGCACUGCAGCUUUGUCAGCGAUUAAAAGACAAGAUCUGUGUUUUCUCUCAGUACAAAGAUUUUACUGUGGGUUCUUGUGUUCCUUCUACAACAACAUGGUAAUCGGAAUAUAAAUAUAUUAAACGAUUAUUAGUUGAAGAAAUAUUUUGUAUAAAUGCAAUGCAAUAUGCCACAUUUAAUGCUCUGGUAGCAUUUUGGUGGAUUUUAUUUUGACAAUGAAAUUUGAUUGUGAAUAAGGAGUUUAUGGAGUGCUUGUAACAUUUUCUGAAUCAUAUGCAGUGAUAAGUAAAACUAAACACACUUUCAACAUUUUUGGAAAUGUAUUAAUUUAGACUUAAUAUACAUAUAGUCUAUAGUAUCGGAGAUCGUUUGCUUCUGUUAUAGCAUACGUUCGUUGGGGUAAGUUUUAUAACAGUAGUCAGGAUCGAUUCCUUACCAUUCUUCUUGAAUUUUGAUCCAAAAAUUAUCAACGUUGAUAUUAUUAAAUGAGUUCACAAAUUUUCAAUUGUAUUUAAAUUCAGACUCUAUAUGUUUUGUAUCUCGAUUCCGCUAGAGUGUCACUUUGUCGUCGAGAUAAGGCAAGUUCUCUAUCAUUUCCAGUAAAUGAGAUUGUAAAAUUAAUUUGUAACAACUUCAACUCGAUGUAUUUUAUCUGUUACAUACAAUGGCAUACGUUCCCAUAUCAUGAUUGAGUCGGUAUCGUGUUUUAAUAUCACUCUCAUGUGUUAUUGUUUAAGACUUUUCUUUGUUUCUUCCAAUAUCAAGUUUUACUAUCUGACAAAAAUCAAUUAUAGUUCAAUUAUAGUUUUUCAAUUAUAGCGCACCUUCUUAACAUUUUCCUUAGAUAUUAUAUAGGUUUCUCUUCUUUUCAUCGCACAUAUAACUAUGGAUUUCUUAAUUUCUUUAUCGUCAUCUACUUGCUAAUCAAUCUCCCUGUGAUUUCCUUUUAAACCUUCGCCAACACGUGAAUAUACCUGUACAACAAUCUUCUAUCUUGUGCUGUUGGUGAUUUUGGUAGCAAUGCUUUUCUUGAUUUCAUUAGACACGGGUCUCGUUUGUUUAAAGAAAAUUUACAACAAUACUUUAUGGAUCUCACAUCUACUAUUGCAAAGAACUAGUAUGAAUAUCAACAAAGAUUAAUGCAAAGUUGAGUUAAAAGAUUUAUUAAAUUCAAAAAGAUACAAAAAAUAAUUAAGGUCUUGAAAAAUAGCAUAUAACACAGAUUCUAAUACAAUGUUUGACACAAAACAGAAAUUGUUGCAAAUUUUGUAAAGUGUGUUGUAUUUUGCUCAUCACUGUAUGUAUAAAAUUUUGAGAAAUUAGGGACUACUGUACACAUUGGUACAAGUUCUAUGAUCCUUCUCUACUUUACUAUACAGUGAUUCUAAAAGUAUUUUGUUAGUAAUUUUAUGUCGACAAUUAUGGAAUUAUUUUAUCUUUUAGGUACUAUCUUUUUGGUUCUGUUUAAAGAUCUUCACUCUAAUAAUUACUGGUAACUGUCGAUUGUUAUUCAAUUGACUAGCAAAAUAGUUCAGUAAUAUAUAUAUAUUAUUCAGUAAUAUAUAUACUAUAUUUUCUGUGAUCACACAUUUGGAAUGUUAUAGUAAUCAUUUCCUUAUUGGAUUUUGAAUCAUUUUAUAUAAUUGAUUAUUCUAAUCAUUUUCAGCUGUUAUUUAUUUUUGUCACCAAAGAAUAUUUAGUAUACACUGACCUUCAUUGUCAUGGAUGGUAUGACGUUCCUUUCAUGAUUCUAUAUUUACAGGGUGUACAAUUAUAUAUGUCAAAUAUUUUAAGAACUCUACUCAAGAACUUGUUGUAACUGCUUUGUUUUCAAGUUCUUAGCGAUUGAAAUCGACGCAUUUCGUUGUGCUUUCUUUUUUGACUUGACUGACAAGUUUCAUUAUUAAUGGAGCAAAAAAAUGUUUAAUACAUCAUGGAAAUAGGAUUUUAAAAACGAAUCUGUUACAUCAUUCGCAUCAUUCUUCAUUUUAGAUUGAUUUACAUUUGCAUAUUUAUUUCUUUAAAUAUAUUUGACGCAUAUAAUUGAACACCAUUUAUGUUCACAUAUAAAUGUCUGAGUUAUAGUCCUAUUUAAUAAUGAAUGUCAUCAGUAAAGUAGACGCUAAUAUAGUAAUUAUUCAUGAGUGUUAUUAAUAUUUAGAUGCAAACACUAAUUAGUAUACACUUAAAUACAAUUGUGUCAGAUAUAUAGUUAUAUUGAAAUAACAACAAUAUAGGAAUACAAUUUUUAAAUUCAAGUUGGAUAUGUUCUUUUUACAAAAGUAUUAAGCAUAAGCAAUCUUGUAUUAUUAAUCAUCAUGUGUAUGCAUCACUGUCUUGAACUUCUUACUAUUUACUAAAGUUUAAUUCUUUGGUUUACAAUACUGGACUGUCUUUCAAUAUGACAAAAAUGGUGUAGAACAUAAUCGUAAAAUUAUUUCUCACAGAUAAUGCAAAAAAUAGUUUGAAGUAGUAUUUCUUGUUGUGCAUACAUGACCAGGAUGAACAAACUUAUUACUCGCUUAAUCAAUAUAAAAAUUUUAUCCAUACUGUAUUUUAGUGAAGGUUAAUAGUGUUCGUUAAAUUAUAAAUUAUUUAACAAAAAAUAUUUACAAACUUCUGUAAAAUUAUUACCUUUGCCAUUCGUUAGUCAUAUAGAAACUAUAUGUAUUUAUAUCAGUCUAAGUACGAAUACAUGAGGUAAUUCUAAUCAUAAAAAACGUAACAACUUUCCGCGCAACAUGUCGAAAAAUAAUGAAAAUAUAUUAAUAAGUAAUGCAGUAUAAUAAUUUAAUUAAGAAGAUGUUUGUGUGUGUAGCAAAAAUAAAGUCUUAAAAGUAGGCAAUAAAAUAAAUA